AAAAUGCCACAACCCCCAAAAAUCCCAAAACCUUCAAAAAUUCCCCAUUUCUUCACCAGGCAAUCCUUCCGCCGCUCUGGAAUGUUUUUUCAUUCGCCAUUGCAAAAACCAGUCCAACCGCGAAGGCGUUCAACACUUGGACAGCCAGAUGUUGCUGUUGAGGCAGCUCUUAGACAGCAACUGGCUGAAGUAUUUUCACCUCAAUCUUUGCUUAAAGUGGAGGUUUUGGAACCUGAAGAUGGUCAAUCCAACGAAUCUACCCCUCUCCUUCUACAAAUGGAGGAACAGGAUACCCAAAAUAAUAACCUCCCUCAACAACAACAAAUCCCCCCUUCAAUCCUCGUUUCCUCCUCCUCAAUGGAAAAAAGUAUUUCCUCACAAGAAUUGGCAGGAAUGGCAAAUUUAGCUAAUAAUAAUAAUUUAAAUAUAAAUAAAAAACAUCGUACAAGCAACAGUAAAGUAUUCCCGAAUACAGCAACAUCUACACAAACUGUUAGAACUAUAGUGCUUAGGAGGCCUACAAUUACAAUACAGGAGGAUGGGCGUAUUCUGAUUGGUAUGUAUAUUAAUUGA